UAAACGGACCAUAAUGGAGUUUGUGUGCUGAUGUUUCAGUCGACAGACGACCAGCCGAGCGGUCUGACCUUCGUCAGGGAAAUCACCGACAGGAUCAUGGAUCUGGUCGGCAGGAGGAGCGCCAACAGCACCAUCAUCAGCGCCAUCGCCGAGGUCCGGAUCCAGAGACGACAGAGCGGCGACCCCGACGACCGCCUCGUGCCCCUGCUGGUGUCCACCGUGAUCGCCGUCUGGGCGUUGGCGAUCGCCUCCAUGUUGCUGUGGUGCGUGAGAAGGCGGAGGAAGCAGAGCGCCCACACGGGAGUCAGCACGCAGUUGGCGGCGUCAUUGGCGCCGGCGGCCGAGGACAACAACGCACUCCACAACAGCGUCAGCGCCGCCCGCGAGCAGCUCAACCACAUCAAGAACCCCAUCGAGAAAAACCCCCCCAACCACCGAGACCACCACCUCCUCCUGCACCACCAUCUCUGCGAGGACAAGAACGCCGUCAACGCCAAGAUCCGGAGGUCGGACGCCGGUAGCCAAUCGGACGAGGACGAGAUGGACAAGAGGCUGCAGAAGGCGAGGUUUACCCGGGCGCCGCCGGCGUAUUCACUGGUGGACUGGGAGGAACGACCCCUCCAGCGUUCGACGGGCAAACCGCCGCACUGGACCAGCAAGCAGGACAACAGGCAGCUGCAGACGCAGAGCGCAAACAGGACGGAGUUUAUCGUGUAACCAGCGGGAUGAUUUCUGCUCGUUUUCUUUGUUCCCAGACGCGAUGUCAGGACCGAUUUUUGCUGUUUAAUUCACGACGCUGGUGCGAACGCUCCACGGCGGUUGGCUGGAUCUCCGAGCUUGUGGACGCCUUCGAACAGAAUCUGGACGACGCUAAAAGUUUCUUUGCUUCAUGAGCGAGUUUGUUCCCGAAUGUGCAGCUGCCUCGUCGUGCAGCUGCCUCGUCGUGCAGCAGCGGUCGACCAGUUUGGAGAUAUAUUUAUUUUUGCGGGAGUCAGUAUGAAGAAGAUGUGGAAUGUUUCUGUAUAGAUGUGUAAAUAACGUUUUAAUGAAUCCUUUUGUAUAUUUGAUUUAUUAAUUUAAUCGUCGAGAGAAAGUAUUUCCUUUUUUUUUAUUUAUGAGUUUUGUUUCAAGUUGAAAACGACGAUUUCUAGAUGGAAUUUUUUUUUAUAUUUUUCAACGCUAAAAGUGUUCUUGAGAGAAUUGUUUAUUUUUAGCCUUUUGGAUUUGGGCAUUUUUGUGCCUCAACUAAAUGUUUUGUACAUUGUUUGAUGCUGUUUUGUUGGUUUGUUUGACGAAUGUUCUGUUGUAAUUACUCUACAUGUAAGUAAAGUGUAAAUAUUUGCGUUGUACAUUUCUGCAAACCACGGAUAUGUUUACAUUUGUAUGCUAUUAUGUAGCAAAUAAAAAAUCCUACGUAAUCCAAAAAACAUCUUAAUAUCCGAGAAAUGUCCUAAAAUCUGAGAAACGUUAGGCAAUUCAAGAAAUGCUGUAAGUCCAGAAGGAGAAAAUCCAAGAAACAUCCAGAGAAUUGUCCUAAAAUCCAAGCAAUGUCCUGAAAUCCGUG